AUGCGGCUCAAUUCAUUUGAAAUUUGGUUCAAGACCGCCGAUGUUGUGAAUGAUGUUUCAUCUAUCGAUUCCUAUCGGCUGUUGUUGUGCACCAGCAGUUUGUUGGGUACCAUGGAAUCUAUCCUUUCUGGCGCAGUUGUCGGAAUUCUCUACGCUCUAUUCGCUGGGCAACCUCUCACAAUUAUGGGCAGUACCGGACCGGUUCUUGUCUUUGAAAGCAUUAUCUACCGUCUUUGCGAAACGAGUCGCUGGUCCUACCUUUCUUUCCGUUUCUGGAUCGGGAUGUGGGUCGCCCUUUUCCUAUUCAUUAUGGUCGCCUUCGAUCUGUCUGCUCUGGUUAGAUUCAUCACUCGCUUCACUGAAGAAUCAUUCGCUCUCCUUAUUGCUUUAAUCUUCGUCUUUGAGGCCCUCAAAAAGACCUACUCUAUCUCUUACAAGUAUCCAAUUAAUCUUGAUUGGAAGCCAUUCCACGCACCACCUGUGGAUUGCAGAUGUAGCAAACCCGAGAAUUAUACCGAAAAAGAACUCUUGGAUUAUGCGAGAGAUGCCUAUCCCAUUCUUGAUCUACCCUUUAUUGGAACUAAUGACACUGACGCUCAUCACUACACUAAUGAAAAUAGAACAAUAGAUUGGAAUCGUUUGAAUGAGAAUUACUAUAGUUGGGACUCAAUUGAGGCUCAGAAGCAGUGUAAGAUUCUCCGUGGUGUUUGGAAUAACCAAGCAUGCGAAGGAUUUUAUGCUCCGGAUAUCUUUCUUUUUUGCAUUCUUCUGGCGAUUCUGUGCUUUGCUCUCUCCUACGGCCUAAGGAGUCUCCGCAACUCUGGAUUUUUCCCAUCUCGUGUUCGUUCUCUGAUUUCCGAUUUCGCGGUUCUGAUCGCUAUUGUCAUCUGUAGUUUGAUCGAUUACUUCACUGGUCUUCACACGCCUAAACUUCUUGUUCCUGUCUCAUUUGAGCCCACUUUAGGUUAUAAUAAACGUGGAUGGAUUAUUCCGCCGUUCAAUGGAAAUCCUUGGUGGACAUCUUUGGCGGCUAUUGGACCUGCUUUGUUGGCGGUUAUUCUUAUCUUCAUGGACCAACAGAUUACCUCAGUUAUCGUUAAUCGUCGGGAGAAUAAACUUAAGAAAGGAGGUGGCUACCAUUUGGAUCUCCUGGUUGUUACAAUAACAAUCGCUGUUAAUUCGGUGCUUGGAAUUCCAUGGUUCGUAGCUGCCACGGUGUUGUCAAUCAAUCAUGUCAUUUCUUUGAAAAAGGAAUCGGAAUCGUCAGCUCCCGGAGAAUGUCCUAUUUUCUUGGGUUGUCGUGAGCAGAGAGUUACUGGUUUCUUCAUUUUCCUUUCUAUUGGUCUCUCUGUUUUCAUGUCCUCAGUUCUCCGGACCAGUAUAAGUGGAAAAUUAGAUUGGCGAAAACUUCGCUCACUUUUAGCGUCAAGUGUUGUCUCGUCUUCUGCAAAGGAAGAGAAGAAAUCGGUGGAGAAAUUGGUAAACGCGAUGUCUAGUUUGUUCAUUGGGUAUGUGAUCUGUCGUGUCCGCUAA